AUGUGUGGUCGAUACGCUCUGGGCGUGCGCGUGGCAUACGUCCGGCAACGCCUGCAAGAGCAGGGCAUGCAAGUUGACGAAGCACCGGAUGAUGAUGAAGUCAGAGAAACAUACAAUUUUGCGCCAGGCAAUUUCGGUGCCGUCUACCGCGUUGAUAUUCCAGCUCAGUGCAACGACAAUGCCGGCCAAGAUGCGGAUAGCGAACACCAAGAUCAAAGUUUACUAAGCGCAAAUGACAAUAAAAGCAAGACUAAGAAGCCCUCAAAUGAUGAAGCUGUCAAAUAUAAGCUUCAGAGCAUGAAAUGGGGUCUCAUUCCAUUCUGGACGAAGCGACAGCCGGAUUACGGAUCUAUGAUGCGCACGAUUAACUGUCGCGACGACUCGCUAAUUGAAGACUCUGGUAUGUGGACUUCUAUGAAGAGAAGAAAAAGAUGCAUUGUUAUAUGUCAAGGAUUUUACGAAUGGUUGAAGAAGGGGCCUGGGGGAAAAGAAAAGGUCCCUCACUUUGUCCGGCGUAAGGAUGGGGAGUUGAUGUGCUUUGCUGGCUUAUGGGAUUGUGUAUCCUACGAGGGCUCUGACGAAAAGCUCUACACCUACACGGUCAUAACGACCUCUUCCAAUCCCUACCUUAAGUUUUUGCAUGAACGUAUGCCAGUGAUUCUGGACCCAGCCAGCAAAGAAAUGAGCACAUGGCUAGAUCCUACUCGAAAAACCUGGUCAAAGGAGCUUCAGUCGAUCCUCAAGCCAUAUGAAGGCGAACUUGAAUGCUACCCUGUCCCCAAAGAAGUCGGAAAGGUGGGAAACAAUUCUCCCAACUUCAUCGUCCCAGUUGACAGCAAGGAGAACAAGAGCAAUAUUGCCAACUUUUUCGCCAAUGCUGCAAAGAAGGAAACUGCACCUCCGGACUUGAACAUGGCAAAAGAUGAGCGUCUUACCAAGGAUUCUGAAUGGAGUGAGGACAAUGCUCCAAAGCCGGCGCCUACUCUCAAAAGAGAGCAUAGCCCAGAGGAAGUAGUGCACACAGAGGAACGCAUACAACAAAAAGUUGAUGUCAAUUCGAAGGCGUCACCUCAUAAGAAGAAGCUGCGGAGUGCCACUCACAACAACCCUAUGAAGAAAUCCACCGGGACGAAGGCUGCAGCUGGAUCACAGCCAAUUACUAAAUUUUUCAAAAAAUGA